AUGGCAGUCAGUCAAUCAGUGGUUGCACGCACCAAUGCGGAGAAACCUCAUGGCUUUAAGGGAUUUGUUUCAAACCCCUAUGUGUUUUUCACUUGCUUGUUUGCUUCGCUGGGAUGUAUGAUGUACGGAUAUGACCAGGGUGUGAUGAGUCCUGUUCUUGUCAUGGAGAACUUCGAGAACCACUUCCCCACGUUCCAGAACUCCACACUGCAGGGCUGGCUGGUAUCGGCCCUUGAGUUGGGUGCUUGGGCUGGUGCUCUGAUCAACGGUGUUCUGGCAGAUCGCAUCUCGCGUAAAUAUGCCAUGAUGACUGCGGUCAUCAUCUUCACCCUGGGCACUGGACUCCAAGCCGGAGCUCAGAACCCAGCUUAUUUCUUCGCUGGUCGUAUCAUCGGUGGUGUGGGCAUUGGUAUGUUCAGUAUGGUCAUUCCUCUGUAUCAGGCUGAGAUCGCUCCUCCUGAGCUUCGUGGAUCUCUUGUUUCCCUGCAACAACUGUCUAUCACAGUCGGCACUGCUAUUGCAUUCUGGCUCGACUAUGGUAUGCAGUUUGUUGGUGGAGUGGAAUGUAACCCUGAAGGUAUCGCCAACGCUUACCUGAAGGAUGGGACGUUCAAUGCUGCUCAAAACCAUGGCCACACCUGCCUGGGCCAGAAGACUAUCUCGUGGAGACUUCCUCUGGCUUUGCAGAUCAUCCCCGCUUGGAUUCUAUUCUUUGGUCUCUUUUUCUUCCCCUUCUCUCCGCGUUGGUUGAUGAUGAAGCACCGUGAUGAUGAGGCCAAGGCUGUCAUUUCCAAGUUGCGUCGCCUGCCGGAAAACGACCCCCUUGUCCGGGCCGAGUACCUGGAAAUCAAAGCUGCUGUUAUGUUUGACGAAGAGACCGAGCGCGAAGUUGUCGGUACUGGCGGUGCGCUCGCUCCUUGGAAAGCACUCUUUGCCCCCAACAUGCUCAAGCGUCUGACUUUGGGAUGCGGUAUGAUGGUCUUUCAACAGUUUACUGGUAUCAACGCUGUGCUUUACUACGCGCCCCAGAUUUUCUCUUCGUUCGGCUUUUCCUCCACGAAGCAAACACUCCUCGCUACAGGUGUCACCGGUAUCCUACAAAUCAUCUUCACACUUCCUUCUGUCCUCUACCUUGAUAAAUUUGGCCGAAAGACCUUCCUCAUCGUUGGUGCCACAGGCAUGUUCCUUUGUCACAUUGUGGUGGCCAUUGUUGAGGGCAUAUACGAGGAUCAGUGGAGCCUGAAUGAAGGAUUAGCCAAGUCUCAGGGUUGGGUUGCUAUUGCAUUCAUCUGGCUCUUUGCUAUCAACUUUGCCUACUCUUGGGGUCCCGUCACUUGGGUGUUGGCCCAAGAGAUCUUCCCCAACAGCCAGCGCUCACGUGGUGUUUCCCUCGUUGCCUCUACCAACUGGAUGUUCAACUUCGUCAUUGGACUUACCACCAAGGAUAUGCUUGAUUCGAUGAAGUAUGGCACAUACAUUUUCUUUGCCAUUUUCAGUGCCCUGGGAGGUCUCUUUGUCUGGAAGUUUGCCCCCGAGACAAAAGACAAGACUCUCGAAGAGCUGGAUGUCUUCUUCGGUGGUGAGAUAAAUAGUAUCGCUGAGGCUGACCGCCUGCGCAUGAUGCGUAUCAACGAGAGCUUAGGGCUUGCUGGGGUGGAGAACUUGGAGGAUCUCAAGGCCGAAAAACAAGUUAUCACCGAUCACGUCGAGAUCGAGUCCCAUGCGGCAUGA